GAUCGUCAGUAUAUUUUUGGUAUAUUAUGAAACUGUGACGUAUAUUUCGAUAUAUUUUUGAGGGUCAGACCGUUUUUUGUAUCUAUAAAUCCGCGGUCACACUGCCGCCGAUGCUGCCAAAAAUUUAUUUAAUUGCGGUUGGAGAUGUUGUGCUUUCUUAGCUUACGGCUACACCGUAGCCUUACUCGCACCCAGCUGUCAGGCGUUGCCGGCGAUAUCUUCCGGGCCUUUUUCGCAGACCUGAUCACGCCAGACGGACCAAAUACAAGUACAUAUCCCGCCGCCACAGCACAGCUUCACAGCUUCGAUUUAGCGUCUAGUAACCAGAAUGUAGCCAUAGCGCCUUCGGACGAUGAUGUGUGGAUCUUCGGCUACGGGUCGCUGGUGUGGAAGGCGGACUUUCCCUAUAUCGACCGCCGGCGCGGCUUUGUAUGGGGAUUCAAAAGGCGCUUCUACCAGCACAGCAUCGACCACCGGGGCAUGCCCGACAAGCCAGGGCGGGUAGUGACCUUGCUGCCCGGCGAUCCCGCUGAGGAUCGGGUCUACGGCGUAGCCUACCGCAUUGCUGCCGCCCAGAAGGAUGCGGUGCUCAAUCACUUGGACUACCGCGAGAAGAACGGCUACGAGCGCUGCAGUCUGGAGUUUCACGAGUAUCUAUCCGCCACGGAACCCAUCCAGGUGAUCAUGUAUGUAGCGACGCAAGCCAACGACUCCUAUGCCGGCGACGUGUGGCAAGUGCCGUGCAUAGCCAGGCAAAUCUUCACCUCUGCCGGACCCAGCGGCCCCAAUCGAGAUUACCUCUUUAACUUGGCCCUAGCCAUGGAGAAACUGUUUCCCGGUGCCGUUGACGAACACCUCACUGAGCUGGUGACCUGUGUGAGGCGCCACAUCGAGCAGGAUGAGCCCGAGCUGCUGCAGCGUGCCCUGCAGGAGGAGAUAACCAACAUCCUCUGCGAAUCUGUCAGGGAGGCGGUCAGGGAGGACGAGCCUCUAGACCAUGGGGAGACCUCGCGGCGGCUGGAGGCUCUGCACCGAAACUGCCAGAAAUCUGGCUGGCGAGAGCCACUUCUUGACGUGCAGUUGAGACGGCAGAGCCUCUCCACACCUUCCUGACGCCCCGAAGAGCACUUUAAUCGCAUCAACUAGACAAUUUUUUAUUUAUUAUCGUUAAAUAUUGCAUGUGCGUGUUGUUGUGUCCAUUCCAAAUGUUCCCGUGAAUACAUGUCGCCUGUUAGGGCGGAAGGUCUGUGUAAA